AUGAAGACCUUUUGUUUACAUUUUUUUUAAAAGUGGAAUUAUUUCGGAGUUGGCUACAAGUGUCUUAUCUCACUUCAUUAACUUCAAUGCGGUUUACAUAAUGUCAGACAUAAUUUCCAUAACCGUAAAAUGUAUGAAUUUUGCUGCAAUCAAGCAUAAAACACAAAGAAGGAAAGAUCCAGAUAAAACGCCGUAUAUUAAUCACCCGAUAGGUGUUGCAUACAUUCUAACCCAUGAAGCCGACAUUACCGAUCUGGACGUUAUACAAGCUGCCAUUCUACAUGAUACUGUAGAAGACACCGACACAACAUUCGAAGAAAUUGAGCAAGAGUUUGGACUAAAUGUGAAAAAUAUUGUCGCCGAAGUAACAGACGAUAAAUCUUUACCAUAUGCGGAACGGAAACGAUUGCAAAUCGUCCAUGCAAAAGAUUCAACACAUCAGGCGAAAUUGGUGAAACUAGCAGACAAAUUGUAUAAUUUAAGAGACCUACAAUCGUGUAUACCGGAGGGAUGGACGGAGGAACGACGCCGCGAAUAUUUCAAUUGGGCCAAGAAAGUGGUUGAUAAUCUACGCGGCACCAGCGCACCACUCGAAGCAUCUUUAGACGAAAUCUUCCAAAAAGAAUGUUCGACAUGAAAUGCAUGCAACAAUAAAAAAGAAUUUUAAUU